AUGGAAGCCACAAACCAAACAGGCAUUCCCAGAUUCCUCCUGCUGGGCCUGACCGAGGACCCAGCACUGCAGCCCUUGGUCUUCAGCCUCUUCCUGUCCGUGUACCUGGUCACCGUGCUAGGGAACCUGCUCAUCAUCCUGGCCGUCGGCUCCCACGCCCCCCUCCACACCCCCAUGUACUUCUUCCUCUCCACCCUCUCCAUCACAGACGUCUGCAUCAGCACCACCACCAUCCCCAAGAUGCUGGUGGACAUCCAAGCCCAGGACCACAGCGCCUCCUACCCCGGGUGCCUCUCCCAGCUCGGCUUUGUCUUGGUGUUUGGCGGGCUAGAGAACUGUCUCCUGGCGGCGAUGGCCUAUGACCGCUACGUGGCCAUUUGUCAGCCCCUGAGGUAUGCCAUCGUCAUGAGCACGCGCGUCUGCCUCCUCCUGGCUCUGCUCUGCCUGGGCUUCGCCACGGGCAACGCCCUGCUCCACACGCUCAUGCCGCUCCGGCUGGCUUCCGGCCCGGAUGGGGAAAUGCCCCAUUUCUUCUGUGAACUCGUCCAGGUCAUCGGCCUCUCCUGCUCCGACACGUCCAUCCACACCCUGCUGGUGCACUCGGGGACCAGCCUGCUCGCCGGUGUGCCUCUCGUGGGGAUCAUCUUCUCCUACAGUCACAUCGUCACCUCCGAGCUGAGGAUCCCAAGCAGGAGGGGAAGGCGCCGAGCUUUCUCCACCUGUGGCUCUCACCUCUCCGUGGUGUGCUUAUUCUAUGCGACAGGCAUCGGGGUGUACAUGAGUUCCGAGGUCACCGUGUCCCCCACUAAAAAUGCCGUGGCUUCCGUGAUGUAUAUCGUGGUCCCUCAAAUGCUGAACCCCUUUGUGUACAGUUUGAGGAACAGGGAAAUGAAGGGAGCCCUGAGGCAGCUCAUCACUGGGGUGCCACCGGGGCGGUGA